AUGAAAUCUGGUGAAGGUGUCUCUGAUUAUUUCUCAAGAGUGAUGUUUGUUGCCAAUAAGAUGAGAGUUCAUGGUGAACAAAUGAGAGAUGUUACAAUAGUAGAAAAGAUACUUCGAUCAUUAAGCGAAAAAUUCAAUUAUAUUGUUUGCUCAAUUGAAGAGUCAAAGGACAUUGAUCGCCUAUCAAUUGAUGAACUGCAAAGUUCCUUAAUUGUUCACAAGCAGAAGUUCCAUAGGCACAAAGGAGAAGAGCAGGCACUAAAGGUAACUCAUGAAGAAAGUACAUGGGGAAGAGGUCGUGGUCGCGGAUCCUUUCGAGGAAGAGGCAGAGGCAGAGGACGCCAAUCCUUUAACAAAGCUACUAUAGAAUGCUACAAGUGUCACAAACUUGGACAUUUUCAAUAUGAAUGCCCAAGUUGGGACAGAGAGGCCAAUUAUGCUGAGGAGAAGAAGAAGUGA